CAAAAGUGCACUUGACCCCUGUUUUUACUAGUUUCUCUCUCCGUCUUUGUUCUGGCUGCUUCAAUAAUCGUGCGUGAAGUGAGUAGAUAGAUAUUAGAGAGGGGAUGAACGGGGAGUGAAGUGAGAGAAUCAUUCUCGACGAAGGGAAGGAGACAGUGGGACUUGGAGUUCCAAAUUAAAUCAGAUUGCGUCUAUGGAUGGAUUGCUGGCGGAGGAUAGGUAAUUGAACUUGUUCAUUGAGAUCGCCCACAAGAGAAAAGCAAAAGAAAAGGAAUAAAAAUUCUUAAAAAGUGGAGAAGGCAAGUGAGGAAAGAAGCUAGUGAGAGAGAGAGACAGAGAGAUGAAGGGUGGAGGUGGGGGUGUUUCAUCAUCAUACUCCCUUCCGGCCAAGAGAAGAUGGAAAGGUCUCGUGAUAGCGGUGUUGGGCCUAGUGUUUCUUUCCAUGCUUGUACCCCUCGUCUUCUUGCUCGGCCUCCACAGCGGUUUCCACUCUACCACCGGAUAUGGCACAGAACAACGGAACUCAGCCUCAAAUCAUCUAAGAGUUUAUGAUCAUAACGAUGCUGCUGAUACAAGAAAUCAAUCCAAGGUUCACCAUUCAAGACAUAUGGAUGAUCUUAUAAGAAGAUUAACACCAACACUUCCAAAGGGUUUGGGGAAUAACUCGGUCAAGGAAGCUGGCAAUGAUACCAAUGGUUUUCCCAUGCGAGCAGAUUUGCCCAAACAAGUCAAAGAGAAUAAUGGGUCUCUUGAUGGAGACAAGAAUGGUGAAAAUAUGAGAAGCGCUGAUGAGAGUGAAAUGAUUUGUGAAUUAAAAUUUGGGAGUUACUGUUUAUGGCGCCGAGAGCAGAGGGAAAAGAUGGAGGACUCUGUGGUGAAGAGGAUGAAGGACCUACUUUUUGUUGCUCGUGCAUACUAUCCCAGUAUUGCAAAACUACCAAAACUGGACAAAUUGUCUCAUGAACUGAAGCAAAAUAUUCAGGAUUUUGAGCGUGUUCUUAGUGAAACUACGACGGAUAAAGAUCUUCCCCCUCAGAAUAGCCAGAAGCUAAAGAUGAUGGAGGCUGCAAUAGCAAAAGCAAAAUCAUGCCCUGUGGACUGUAAUAAUGUUGACAAGAAGUUCAGACAACUAGUUGACCUGACGGAGGACGAAGCUAAUUUUCACAUGAAGCAAAGUGCCUUCCUCUACAAACUUGCAGUUCAAACCAUGCCAAAGAGUCUCCAUUGUUUAUCAAUGAGAUUAACUGUUGAGUAUUUUAGAUCUUCUUUUGAGAUUGAGCAGGCACUGGUUCAGAAAUUUGUAAACCCAGACUUGUACCACUAUGUGAUCUUCUCCAGGAAUAUACUUGCAUCGUCUGUAGUAAUCAACUCAACUGUACAACAUGCAAAAGAAAGUGAGAAACACGUCUUUCAUCUGCUGACGGACACAGAAAAUUACUUUGCCAUGAAAUUAUGGUUUUUCAGAAACAAGUAUGGUGAUGCGGCGGUUCAGGUGCUGAAUAUUGAAGACCUUAAGUUGUAUAAUCAUCAUAAGGUGGCACCAUUACAUCUGUCAUUGCCUGAAGAAUUUCAUGUUUCCUUUCGUAGGGUUGAUAAACUGUCUUCUACUCAAUUUAGAACGCAAUACCUAUCUAUGUUUUCGCAUUCCCACUAUCUCCUUCCUAAGAUAUUUCACUCUUUGGAGAAAGUUGUGGUCUUGGACGAUGAUAUCAUUGUUCAGAGAGACUUGUCAGCCCUCUGGAACCUUGACAUGGGGGGAAAAGUGAAUGGUGCCAUGCAGACUUGUGGAUUGAAGUUGCUUCACCUGAGAGCUUACUUUCCAAGCAACAGCUUUGAUGAAAAUUCUUGUGCUUGGACAUCUGGAGUAAAUAUUAUUGAUUUAUCUAGGUGGAGGACUCAUAAUCUUACUGAAGCAUAUCAGAGAUUGGUUCAGGAGAUUAAUAGAGAAGAAAGAUCA